AUGUAUUUUGCGCCACCAGAGGCCUAUCUCGGAACAAACGGUUAUAAUGUGUGUCCACAUGAUUUUGUAGAGGCCUAUCUCAAAACACACGGCUUUAAUGUGUGUCAACAUAAUUCUAUAGAGGCCUAUCUCGGACCAAACGGUUAUGUUGUGUGUCCACAUGAUUCUAUAGAGGCCUAUCUCGGAACACACGGCUUUAAUAUGUGUCCAUAUGAUUUUAUAGAGGCUUAUCUCGGAACAAACGGUUAUAAUCUGUGUCCACAUGAUUCUAUAGAGGCCUUUCUUGGAACAAACGGUUAUAAUGUGUGUCAACAUGAUUCUAUAGAGGACUAUCUCGGAACAAAAGGUUAUAAUACCUAUCUCGGAACACAUGGCUUCAAUGUGUGUCCACAUGAUUUUAUAGAGGCCUAUCUCGGAACAAAGGGUAAUAAUGUAUGUCUACGUGAUUUUAUAGAGGCCUAUCUCGGAACACACAGCUUUAAUGUGUGUCCACAUGAUUUUAUAGAGGCCUAUCUAGAAACAAACGCCCUAUCUGGAACACACGGAUUUAAUGUGUGCCCACAUAGUUUUAUAGAGGCCUAUCUUGGAACAAACGGUUAUAAUGUGUGUCCACAUGAUUCUAUAGAGGCCUAUCUCGGAACACACGGCUUUUAUGUGUGUCCACAUAAUUUUAUGGUAGCCUAUCUCGGAACAAACGGUUAUAAUGAGUGUCCACAUGAUUUUACAGAGGCCUAUCUCGAAACAAACGGUUAUAAUGUGUGUUCACAUGAUUCUAUAGAAGCCUAUUUCGGAACAAACGGCUUUAAUGUGUGUCGACAUGAUUUUUUAAAUGCCUAUGUCGGAACAAACGGUUAUAAUGUGUGUUCACAUGAUUCUAUAGAAGCCUAUCUCGGAACAAACGGCUUUCAUGUGUGUCCACAUGAUUUUAUAGAGGCCUAUUUAUUGACUGGCCAUUCAAAAUCUGCAUGA